AUAUAGCUAAAAGUCAACUGUUUUGACAUAAGCAUGCCAGAAGAAAAAAAAAUAACAACAUCUAAGGCAGUAUCAGAGUUGUAUUUCGGCACGGAAAGUCUUCGUUUCGAUUUUAAAUAUGUCGAUUCAACUGUUUAGGAAUUUGUUCCAGAAACAAGGUUACAUUCAACGAAUGGUUUGUACAACAAAUAACAGACUGAGUUAUUCAAGUACAUCACAAGCCGAUGCAUCGGUUGAUGAAGAUGAGCCAAUUGCUAUCAAAAAUCCAUACAAACGUGAAAAUCGUCAGUGCCUUCUGUGCAAGUUGAACAUUACACCCGAUUACAAAAAUGCCCGUUUAUUGUCGCAAUUCCAAAGUACGUACACUGGACGAAUUUACGGUCGGCACAUUACUGGUCUCUGCAAAACGAAACAAACACAAGUUGAGAGUGCGAUACAACGUUCACAGGCAUGCGGAUUUAUGCCACUGUAUCACAAGGCACCCGAAUUUUUCAAUGAUCCCAAAUUGUACGAUCCAGAGAAGCCAAUUCGACCACACCCACAUUAGAAGAAUCAAUGUUACCAAUAUAGUCGACAAUUAAAUACCAAAUUUAAUAAAAUGUUAUCAAAA